AUGAGCCUAUGUGACCAACGCCCUGGAGCGACACGAGGUUCCGACCCUUGGUGCGCAUGCAACUCCAAGGGGCAGACCAUCACCAAGGCCGAUGCAUGCGAGGCUGCUGGUCGCAGACACUUCUGCUAUUGGUCAAGUCCGUCCGCCUCAUGUCGAUCAAGGGGCGCGCCGGACGCACCGCCCACUACAUCGCAGAUUCCUCGAAAUGUGGUGGACUGUCCCACACAGCAUACUCCCUCAGAGCCACGAGUCCAAGGACUUUUGACCGUUGCGACCUGGAAUGUCGAGUGGCUAUUUGAUGGAAUCGAUGACCCUCCGCCGACUCCUGCUUUGGAUGCUGCUGCAGUAUCAUCCAAAGUCAAGGCUGUUGCUGACGUGCUUGACAAACUGGAUGCAGACAUCAUUCAUUUGGCUGAGGUGGAGAACUGUAUGAUCUUGGAGUCUGUAGGGAGGAGACUGAAUCGAUCCUACCAGCCCUUCAUGAUCGCAGGAACUGACACCUACCUUCGACAACAGGUGGCCUUGCUCUCGCAGAUAGGUCCCAAGUCGAUCAGGCGAAGCCGCGAGCGGGCGGACCUUCCGGGAGGCAAAAGCACCGGAAUCAGCAAACAUUUAGUUGCUGAUUUUGCCGUUGGUGGACGAGAUCUACAGAUUCUAGGCCUGCAUUUGAAGGCACGUCCGCAUCAGCUAGAUGCUCGCUUGCAGCGUGAAGGGCAGGCCAGAAUUGCGCAGAGAAUCAUUGGAAAAGCGUUGCAGCUGGGCAAAGAUGUCAUCGUUCUUGGGGACCUCAAUGACUUUGAUUCAGACGCUCCAGGUUGUGGCUUUGCGACCCCCGCCAGAGGCAAUCGCAAGGCAGCUGUGAUUUCCAUGCGGCGUUUUAGCACUUUGAAGCUGCACGCAACAGCAGAAGCGCUUCCAGAGCUCCAUGCUUGCCUUGAUGCUUUGGGAAAGAGGCCAGUUGUGGAUUCGCAAAUGCGUGCGAUUGCCACUGAUGAAGACAAGAUGACAAAAGAUGACAAGCGGGAUUUCAUCAUGUUUGAAGGUCAACAGGAGUAUGAUUGGGAACGCAGCAUCGGUCUCAAGAUGAAGGAGCAAAUGCGACGUCGUGACGUACACACCCAAGAAUGCCUGCAGAGGGUCACACGGGCUUUGACCAGACGAUGGCGCAGACAACGAGACAGGGACAAGGCCAAAAGCAUGGAACAGAUUGCAGCCUUGACAAAGGCAAUGGAUGCUACAGAGGCGCCUAGAGGGCCUAGACUCUGGACGUGGUGCAAGAUGAAAGAUCUUGCCCUUGUGAACGGCAUGGACCCACCUUUUCCAGGCUCAGCUGGACAGGAUUCGUAA